AUGGAUUCCGCCAGUGCAUCGGGUGCCCAGCGGCAAGAUGAGGGCCUGCGUGAGCGGAUGCGACCCUCUCCACCGGUCGACAUCGAUGCUGUUGACCAGGCGCUAGCGACUGCUGGCUACGGCGUGACCACCGACAACAGGACGAGCGACGACAAAAAGACCUUUGGACGGACGCCAGAUGGGACUAUCUUUACCGUCCCCCAGACUCAUGAUAUGGUCUCACAACUGCUCUCUCCAACUGAACCCAAGAAUGUGUCCGACCUCUUGGUUCUGGCAAUCCUUGCCGUCCACAUAUUGAUAUUCUGGGCCUUGUCACCACAGUCGAGAAUCCCCGUUUUUGCGGCAAUUUAUAUGUUCUGGAGGACCUCAUACAAUGGCGGAAUCGGAUGGCUGCUACACAACCAGUCACAUCAUAAUACUAUGGUAAGAUGGGCCACCAAGUCCAAGAUCUUUGUCAACCCAUCGACGGGCAAAAACCCUCGCCCGAUACUUUAUCGGCUGUUGAAAAAGGAUAUGGAGACUAUGAUUCCUAAAGAUUACUCUUUCGAUGAAGCCCCCUUAGAAUACAACACUUGGCUCGUCUUUCGGCGCUUCGUCGAUGUUAUCCUGAUGUGCGAUUUCACGUCGUACUGCCUCUUUGCCAUAGCAUGCGGAAGCCGCCCGGAGAAUGAGACCACCCUGAUGACCGCUCUCAGAUGGGCCGCAGGCUGGGUUCUGGUGAUAUUCAAUCUCUGGGUCAAGCUUGAUGCCCACCGCGUCGUCAAAGAUUUUGCGUGGUAUUGGGGUGACUUCUUCUUCCUCAUUGACCAAGAACUAACAUUCGAUGGAGUAUUCGAGAUGGCACCACACCCUAUGUAUUCUGUAGGCUACGCUGGUUAUUAUGGAAUCUCGUUGAUGGCCGCCAGCUAUAAAGUGCUAUUCAUCUCAAUCAUCGCCCACGCAGCUCAGUUCGCAUUCUUGGUUCUGGUGGAAAACCCACACAUUGACCGCGUCUAUAACCCACCGCCACCUCGUAAGCGCUCUGUUCAACACGACCUCAAGGAUCUGAAUGGUUUCAACGCGCAGACAUCCCCAAUAAGCGACUCGUUUGCUGCAACACCCGCGCCCAACGGAAUUGACGAUAAAGCCUCAAUGCAACAACCUCCUUCUUCCGUACAUAAUCUCCUCGGGCUACAUAAUCUGGAUCUUCAUAGAGUAACAGACUCAUCCGUCAUUCUUAUCCAGCUGCUUGUCUUCGCCUUAACAGUUCUUACCCCGUCUACUCCAUUCUAUCAAUAUCUAUUUGUGGCCAACGCUGCGAUUUGGAGAUGCUGGUAUUCCAUAGGCAUUGGAUACAUUCUCCAUCGUCAAUCCAAAUAUAAAUCUUGGACCCGUCAUUUCGUCAAAUAUGGCGAAAACACGGACGAGGCAUGGCGUCAGUGGAAAGGUUCAUACCAUCUUAGCAUGACCAUGUGCUAUGCUAGUUUCGUUGCCGCCACUUGGAAAAUGUAUAGCAUGCCGUCUGACUGGAACCAUGGCCUAGCUUUACUCAAGCAUACGCUAGGUUUCAGUUUGGCAGCAUUGCAAAUCUGGACUUCCGUCAGUAUCUAUGACUCCCUCGGUGAAUUUGGAUGGUUUUUCGGAGACUUUUUCUUCGAUGCACAGUCUAAGUUGACUUAUAGUGGCAUCUACCGUUUCCUCAAUAACCCAGAACGUGUCUUGGGACUUGCUGGCUUAUGGGGCGCUGCUUUGAUUACCAGCAAAGGUGCUAUCAUUUUUCUCGCGCUAAUCAGUCAUAUCCUUACUCUCGCAUUCAUACAAUUGGUGGAACGUCCUCAUAUGCAGAAGCUCUACGGUAGAAGUUUGCGAAAAGAUGCAGGCUUAGUGAAGAAUUUGAAACGAUCAUUGCCUCCACCAUUACAACAAUUGGGCGGUAGUGUUGAUCGUAUUAUGGAUGAAUCCUUUGAAUUUGUCGAAGAACUCCUAGACUCGGCUCGACCCAAAUUGGCCACUGGCGUGAACACCUUCAUGAAGGAUGCUAAAUCCCUGUUUCGCCAGUAUCCCGCACGAAUCACUAUUUCUCGUUUGGAUGAUGAAGUCGCGGCAGGUUAUAACUUGGAAGAUUACUCGCUUGAAAUUGAAGGAACAGAGUCCUCGCCAUCGGCACAGGUGGAACGUAGCAGCGGCAAAGAAGGUGCUAAUGCUAGAGCUCCACCCGAACGACGUGGUGACUUGAAGAGCCUGAUCUUCGAGUAUGGCGCCCCGAUCCGAGUCAAGUGGACUGCACCUUUGAAUCACAGCAAGAAAGACUGGGUAGGAUUGUACAUGGUCACCGACAACACACGACGAGAAGUCACCCGCAUCUCGUCUCAAGGAAGAUGGAUUGCCACCAACGAAGGAGCCUACGACAGUCUCACCUGCGAAAAGGGCCUCGUUACCAGCGACAUUGUGAUAUCUGCCUCCCGUCGCCGAGACGGCGAAAACCGCGACCUCGCAUCCGGCGAAAUGGUGUUUUCAGGCGACAAGCUCUUCUGGACCCAGGGCGUCUUUGAGUUCCGCUACCACCACAACGGUAAACACAAUGUCAUGGCCAUUUCGCGACCCUUUGAGAUCCGCAUUGGCCGCUUCGAUGAAGAAGAUGUCGUCGACAUGGAUAAUACCACCGCCAAUAGCGAUGGCUUGAUUCAGGCGGCUAUUGAAGAAGCAUUAUUACCUGUUGUGCGUAAUUGUUUUGAUAGAAAUCCGGAGAUUGCGCCGGAAACUUACGACGAGCAUUUUGGGAGUUUGGUGGAUCGGGAUGGCAAGUAUGCUAAGAGGGUUGUCUUUGCGGUUCAUCAGAUGUUUGGCGUUGAACUCGCGCCAGAAGUUGUUCGCGCAGAUGGAAAUGUGCGGAAUAUGGCAUGGAGAAUCUGCAAUGCGAAGAAAGUCUUGGCACCAUAUAGCAUGUCCCGGUCAAGAGGGACGACUACACCGACAACUCAGGAAAAGGAAUUAUCAUAA